AUGAAGAAAAGGUCCUGUGGGCCUCAGUCACCACCAUAUUCCAUCGAUAGAGGAGAAGAUGACAUCUUUGGGGAACUUCCUGAGUUCUUCCCAUCUGAUCCUCCAGAACCCCUGCCUCAUUUCCUGAUUGAGCCCAGGGACGCGUACAUUGUGAAGAAUAAACCAGUGAACCUUUACUGCAAGGCCACUCCUGCAACUCAAAUCUACUUCAAGUGCAACAGUGAGUGGGUUCAUCAGAAGGAGCAUGCCACUGGCGAGCGUGUGGAUGACACCUCUGGCCUCAUUGUCAGGGAGGUGAGCAUCGAGAUAUCCCGGCAACAGGUGGAAGAACUCUUUGGACCAGAGGACUACUGGUGCCAGUGUGUUGCCUGGAGUUCCGCAGGAACAACCAAGAGUCACAAAUCCUACGUCCGGAUUGCUUAUCUACGGAAGACCUUUGAACAGGAGCCACUGGGGAAAGAGGUAUCGAUCGAGCAGGAAGUUCUGCUUCAGUGUCGUCCCCCUGAAGGAAUCCCAUUGGCUGAGGUGGAAUGGCUGAAGAACGACGAGGUUAUCGAUCCAAUCCAGGACCGGAACUUUUACCUGACAAUCGACCAUAACCUCAUCAUCAAACAGGCUCGGCUGUCUGACACUGCAAACUACACCUGUGUUGCCAAAAACAUUGUGGCCAGACGGAGAAGCACCACAGCGACCGUGAUCGUCUACGUUAACGGCGGGUGGUCAGUGUGGACAGAGUGGUCUCUCUGCAACAGUCGCUGCGGAAGGGGUUACCAAAAACGCACACGGACCUGCACCAACCCUGCGCCACUCAACGGAGGAGCAUUCUGCGAGGGACAGAGCGUCCAGAAAAUUGCCUGCACCACGCUAUGCCCGGUUGAUGGUGGGUGGACGGCAUGGAGCAAAUGGUCACCCUGUGGGACGGAAUGCAUGCAUUGGCGGAGGAGGGAGUGCAUCGCCCCUGCCCCUAAAACCGGCGGCAAGGAUUGUCCGGGACCAGUGUUAGACUCCAAAAACUGCACCGAUGGUCUGUGCAUGCAAAGUUUGUUUUAUCAAAUUUCCACAGAACAGAAAGGUCGAACAGACUUUGGAUAUUCCUCCACUCCGGGAUCAGACGAUGUGGCUCUCUAUGUUGCCGUGGUGGUGGCGGUGAUCGUGUGCCUUGCCAUUCUGUUGGUCGUGGUGAUGCUUGUCUACCGGAAGAACCACCGGGACUUCAGCUCUGACAUCAGAGAUUCGGCAGCUCUGAAUGGUGGCUUCCAACCAGUGAGCAUCAAGACAUCCAGGCAAGAUAACUCCCACCUCCUUGCUGUGCAACCAGACCUCACAGCUGCUGCUGCCAUGUACAGAGGCCCUAUGUACGCCUUGCAUGAUAUCUCAGACAAGAUCCCGAUGACCAACUCGCCAUUGCUCGAUCCCCUUCCCAACCUGAAGAUUAAGGUGUACAAUAACCCGUGUGGGGUCCCACCUCAGGCUGAAGCGGGGGAGCUGGCUUCAAAGCUCUCCCCACAGCUCACAGAGUCUCUGCUCGACAACCAAGCCCAGAAUGCCGAGAACCAGAGCCCAGCUCCACAGAAGGAUCCAUCUUGCAGUGCUUUCGGGAGUUUCAACAUCCUGGGAGGACAUCUCAUUGUUCCUAACUCCGGAAUAAGUUUAUUGGUGCCAGCGGGAGCCAUUCCUCCAGGCCGCGCAUACGAAAUGUAUGUAACAGUCCAUCGGAAGGACAACAUGAGGCCGUCACUAGAGGGCAGUCAGACAUUGCUGAGCCCGGUGGUGAGCUGUGGCCCUCCUGGUGCUCUGUUGACCAGGCCAGUGGUCUUGUCAAUGCACCACUGUGCUGAGCCCAACACCGAGAACUGGCUCAUUCAGCUGAAGAGUCUGUCAAGCCAAGGAAACUGGGAGGAUGUGGUGGUUUUAGGAUCAGAGACGCUCACCACCCCAUGUUACAUCCAGCUGGACCCUCAGGCCUGCCACAUGGUGACUGAGCAGCUUGGCACUUACUGUCUGGUGGGACAGUCCAUCAACAAGUCAGCAACCAGGCGACUGAAACUGGCGAUAUUUGCCCCUGUGGUCUGCACUUCACUCGAAUACAGCAUUCGUGUCUACUGCUUGGAUGAUACGCAGGAUACUCUGAAGGAAGUUAUUCAGCUUGAGAGGCAGCUGGGAGGACAGCUAAUGGAUGAACCAAAGACCCUCCUGUUCAAGGACAGCACCCAUAACUUGCGUUUGUCCAUCCACGAUAUCCCUCACUCUCUCUGGAGAAGCAAACUCCUUACAAAGUACCAGGAAAUUCCUUUCUAUCACAUAUGGAGUGGCUGUCAGAGGAACCUUCACUGCACCUUUACCCUGGAGCGUUUCAGUCUUGUCACCACGGAGCUGGUUUGUAAACUGUGUGUGCGUCAGGUGGAAGGCGAAGGGCAAAUCUUCCAGAUACAGAGCAGCUUAUCUGAGGACGUGGAGCCAGUGAGCAGUGUGCUGGAUGAACCAGACACUGGUGUGAUCACCUUAGUAGGCCCCAGUGCGUUCAGAAUCCCCUUCUCCAUCAGGCAGAAGAUCUGCACCAGCCUGGACGCUCCAAACAACAGGGGGAAUGACUGGAGACUGCUGGCACACAAACUGAGCUUGGACAGUUACCUGAAUUACUUUGCGACAAAGUCCAGCCCGACCGGGGUCAUCCUCGACCUGUGGGAAGCCCAGAACUUUCCGGAUGGCAACCUGAGCUCGCUGGCGGCGGCACUGGAGGAGAUGGGAAGGCACGAGACGGUGGUCUCCCUGGCGUCAGAGAUCAAGCGCUGACCCCUGGGGGAGGUGGGCGACGUAUCAGAGGGAGGGUCUGUGCCAGCCAGCGGGGAGGCUGAGGGGGUGAGGGGGGGGGAAGGGGGAGAGGGAGAGGGAGGUCAAUCCCACCCGUUUGGAAAAUGCCUUUCCGACAUUGUGUACAUCAUCACAACUUGGGCUUCUGACUAACUCGGGCUAACCUUUAACCUGCUA